AAAAGCCAUUCAAUCAUUCAAGAGAAACAACCAAGAGCCCGCACUCUCACUGUGACUCCGUGAGCACACUCGCCGCACCAGCUCAGCUCAGUAAUCAUGGCUCGCCCGGGUAGUAGUGCCGCUGCUCCCCUCCUCCUGCUGCUCGCCGCCGCGGCGGCGUCGAUCCUGGCAGCGGCAGCCGCGUCGCCGGCGCCGAGCGACUUCGUCCGCAAGUCGUGCCGCGCGACGCAGUACCCGUCGGUGUGCGAGCAGAGCCUGGCGUCGUACGGGGGCUCCCCGGCGCCGCGGAGCCCGCGGGAGCUGGCGCGCGCCGCGCUGUCGGUGAGCGCGGACCGCGCGCGCGCCGCGUCGGCCUACGUGGGCCGCCUGUGCGGCGGCUCCAGCAGCUCCGCCGGCCACAAGAAGGGCGCUGCUGCGAGGAAGGGCGGCGCGCCCGGGUCGGCGGCGGGACCCGUGCGCGACUGCCUGGAGAACCUGGCGGACAGCGUGGGACACCUCCGCGACGCGGCGCAGGAGAUGGGCGGCGCCGGGAUGUCCCGCUCCGGGACGCCCGCGUUCAAGUGGCACCUCAGCAACGUCCAGACCUGGUGCAGCGCCGCGCUCACCGACGAGAACACCUGCCUCGACGGCCUCUCCUCCCGCGGCGUCGACGCCGGCACGCGCGCCGCCAUCCGCGGCAAGGUCGUCGACGUCGCGCAGGUCACCAGCAACGCCCUCGCACUCGUCAACAAGGUCGGGCCAGGGUACUAGCCCAGGCCCAGGCCCAGCCCAAAUAGCCCUCGCUACUUAGUCCAUACACGUAUUAUACUUCGGUGCGUCGGUUAAGUACGUAGACCAGUUUUCCACGUGUUGCUUCUGCUUAUGAUUCCUCGUGUUUGUAAGAUGUCGUUAAGGGCGACAAUGAUAAAGCUUGUAAUAUUAUGGACUUAUGACAACAAGUACAGUAAGCAUGUACUACAAAAUAAGUCUCAUCGUUACGUUCAUAUGGUCUUCGAGAAACGAAAAUUUUCUUUUA